AUGGGCUGCGGCGCGGUGAAACCCAACGCGCAGGAGCCGUGGCUGCUGCUGCGCCUCGCCGCGGGCCAGGACAACGAGGGGGACGCGCAGAGGAUCCUGGCGGGCAAGCCGAAGCCCAGAAGCGACCGCCUCUGCGGCCAGACCGCGGUGCACGUCGCGGCGCUGGCGGGGUCCGCGAACGUGCUCGCCCUCUUGCUGGACAAGUUCGCCGGCAAGGCAGACCAGGCGGUAGAGGACGAGUCCAAGGACUCGCCUCUGCACUUCGCGGCGCAGUCCUCCCAGCCGGGCGCGGCGCGCGUGGCGCAGAUGCUGCUCAGCCACAGGGCGCAGGUGGACUCAAUGGCCGCGGGCGACCGGACCCCGCUGCACGUGGCCGCGCGCUUCGGCUGCAAGGACACCGUGGCCAGCCUGCUGGCCUCCAGGGCCAGGCCCGACCUGCAGAGCAAGCAGGGCGACGCGCCCCUCCACGAGGCCGCGCGCGGGGGCGACGCCGAGGUCGUGGCGCAGCUGCUGCUCGCCCACCCAGCGGCACGGGACGCGGCCAACGCCGAGGGCCGCACGCCGCUGCACGUGGCCGCGGCCUGUGGGCACGAGGGCGCUGUACGGCGCCUCCUGGAGGCCCAGGCCUCGCCAGGCGCCAGGGACAGGAACCAGAACACCGCCCUCCACCUGGCGGCCCACAUGGGCCGAGAUCAGGCCACAGACGUGUUGGUGAGGAUGGACCCUGCUCUCAUGUCCGCCGCAAACGUGCACGGCCAGACCCCGCUGCAUCUGGCCGCCAGCGAGGGCGGGUUCAUGGCAGUGGCCCACCUGCUGCAUGUAAAGGCCAGCCUCGAGUCCGCCGACGCCGCUGGCGACACGGCGCUCCACCUGGCCGCGCGGGGUGGCCACGCAGAGGUAAUCGCAGCGGCCGGGCGCACCAGGCAGUUGAUGCAGACGCAGAACAAGGCCGGCCGCACUCCCGUGCACGAGGCGGCCGCGGGCGGGCACACGACCGCGCUGCUGAGGCUGCUGGAGAGGAACUUCCUCGUCAACCAGCCAGACGGCCAGGGCCUGUGCCCGCUGCACCUGGCCGUGGAGAACCUCGAGGACGGCCACCAGGCAGUCGACGAGCUUUUGCAGGGGCAGGCUAACCCCGAUGCGGUCGGCGGCAGUGCUGGGUCGGGCGCCCUGGCGGUGGCGGCGAGGCAGCAGAAGGUGCUGACUGUGAGCUCGCUGCUCCUGGCGGGCGCGAAGGUGGCCCAGGCCGACCAGGAGGGCAGCGCGCCCCUCCACCACGCAGCGGCCACGGGUAACCUGGACGUGGUGGAGCUGCUCUUGGAGAGGUCGGCCUCCGUCAACCAGCAGAAUCUUCAGGGUGACUCGCCUUACACCAUCGCCAGCACCCGCGGGUACACACAUCUGGUCAGAGUCAUGAACGACGCCUGGAAGUCCCCUUCGCUCACAGACAGCGGCCCCGUCAUUCAGGCGUCCCGUUCGCUCCUGCCUGAGGCAGCCCGCACGAUCCGCCUCCCGACUCAGGAGACGCCGGGCUCCAAAAGCGGCUCCACGGGCCUCAAGAAGCUCGUGCACACGUCCUCGUUGCGCUCAGUGUCCCCUGCCGGGGGGCCCAGCUUCAGUCCUGCCGCAGACAGGGACGCGCUGCAGUCGCUGAUGCAGCAGCCCGGUCCGCAGCCUCAGGCAGCCACUCCGCUCGCCAGUGCAGGCGCAGUCCACCAGCCGCUGGUGGCGCAGCCGCCUGGGGGCGGCGUCCGCACCAUGCCAGCCGUGCCACAGCCGGCGCCGGUCCCACAGUAUGGUUCUGGUCCCGCUGGCGGCGCGCUGGCCUCGACGUGGCCCACGCCCGCUCCAGGUGCGCAGUACGGCACCACACCACAGCACGGCGCACCGUCCCCCGCUCAGGCGCAGUACGGCGCAGCGCAGGCGCAGUACGGCGCAGCGCACCAUGGGCAGCACGUCGUUGGACCCGCCGGCGCCGCGGCUGCGCCGAUGGCCGCCACGUGGUCGUCCGCACCGCAGCCGUCCGCAGCGCAGCCGCCGCUCUACGGGCCUGCCGGCGCAGCAGCCUCGAUGCCAGCGCAGUACGGCGGCGGCACUUCUCCGUCCGCAGCGCAGCCGCCGCUCUACGGGUCUGCUGGCACGGCAGCCUCGAUGCCAGCGCAGUACGGCGGGGGCACUCCCGGGCUCGGGGCGCAGUUCCCAGGCCAGGCCGCGGGGCAGUUCCCAGGCCAAGCCGCGGGGCACGCUGUGCAGGCCAGGCCGAGUGCGCCAGCGGCCAGCUACGCCAGCGGGCCAAGCACGGGGCCCGCUGGGGGAACACUCCAGCCACUCGGCGGGCCCUGUGGCAGCAGGAGCGCUGCGACGGGCGGCGACGAUGACCUGGACCGCCUCCACGCGGAGCUGAGCGCUCCUGCUGGGGCGCGGCAGCCGCCCCCUGGCAGGAUGCCAGGCGGCAUGUCACCGUCAUCGCCCACGCGGCAGUCGCAGUCGCCAUCCACUGGGCGGGCACUGUCGGUCGUCAGGGAGGCGGAGGAGGAGCGAGGCUCGGUGGGAUCGCCGCACCUCUCGGCUGCCACCCCCUCGUCACUGGGCGCGGGCACGGGCGGGAAGUCGCUGCGCCCGCUCCAGCCGUCGCCGCUGUCGGCGCAGACCCAGGCGGUCGGGCGAAAGCCAAACCAACGCCCGCUCUCGCCAGCACCGGCCCAGCGCUCGUCCAGCAGCCUGUCCGGCUCGCGCUUGGGCACCGGCGGCCGCGUCGGCGGCGUGGGGGCCACGUCCACUCCAGGGCCCGCGGGGACGCCACCGCUGGGCACUGGCGGCCGCGUCGGCGGGGUGGGGGCGUCCGCCAGGCAGCCCACAGGCGGCCGUGUCGGCGGGGUGGGGGCCACGCCCACUCCGGCGUCCGCCGGGCAGCCCACGCGGCCGCAAGAUUCGGCCGUGCGGCCCGCGGCGCAGGCGACGAGCCAGACGCUGGCGAGGCCCAGCGCGAGGCCCACGCCGGGCACGAGGCUUGGAGGCCUCCGCGGCCCCCCCUGA